AUGGAGAAUUUCUGCAACUGAAAAAACACAGCAGCUAAAGAUAAUUGCAAGCAAGCAAGCAAGCAUGUCCAUCUUCAAAUCAUUCACGACGAGCUCUUCCGCGCUUUGUCCCAGAGAAGCCAAAAUGGCCAUGGCCAAGUCUUCUCCUUACAGAAUCAUUAGUGUUGAGAUAAGUAAUCGGUACCAACACAAAUCCCGCUAGGCUCAUUAUGGUAGGAGACAAGUAAGUCUGGGAUUUUGAAGCUACAUUGAUUUAAGACAUCUCACAUUAUUCAACUGAUUCCUCUGGAGAAUUUUGUCCUUCUUCAAAACGAAGAUCUCGGGGACCUGUUAUGGCAGCAAAAAAGGCAACUCAAGGGGAAAAACAAGGUGAUGGUAAGUACAAGAACACUGUUGAUUUGCCAAAGACAACAUUUGGCAUGAGGGCUAAUUCUCUAGUGAGGGAGCCUCAAAUUCAGAAAUUAUGGGAGGAUCAUCAAGUAUUUAAGAGAGUUGUAGAUAAAAAUAAUGGGGGAAAUUUUGUGCUUCAUGAUGGUCCUCCAUAUGCCAAUGGAGACCUACACAUGGGUCAUGCUCUUAAUAAGAUUUUAAAGGAUAUAAUUAACCGUUACAAGCUUCUUCAAAAUUAUAAAGUUCAUUAUGUGCCAGGUUGGGAUUGCCAUGGCCUGCCAAUUGAGUUGAAAGUUCUGCAGUCAUUGGAUCUAGAUGCCAGAAAGGAUCUAACACCCUCAAAAUUAAGAGCAAAGGCUGCUAAAUUUGCCAAAGCAACUGUCAAAACUCAGAUGUCAUCAUUUAAGCGCUAUGGAGUUUGGGCCGAUUGGAAUAAUCCUUAUCUAUCACUAGAUCCAGAAUAUGAAGCUGCACAGGUUGAAGUGUUUGCCCAGAUGUUGCUUCAAGGAUAUAUUUACAGGGGCAGAAAACCAGUUCAUUGGAGUCCUUCAACACGUACUGCACUUGCAGAGGCCGAAUUAGAGUAUCCUGAAGGUCAUGUUUCAAAAAGCAUAUAUGCUGUUUUCAAACUAGUCAGUGCAGCUCAAGGAACACAUGAUUUAUUGGAAGAGUUCGUUCCAAAUUUAUUCUUGCCAGUGUGGACAACAACUCCCUGGACAAUUCCAGCCAAUGCCGUGAAUGCCAAGCUUGAGUAUGGUGUAUUUCAAGUGAAACCUGAGUAUGAUGUUGGUUAUGCACGUACCAAGUGGAGAGCUGUUUUGGAGAAACCAGAGAAUCUUUUCCUUACACUAGCAACUGACCUUGCUCCUGAUUUAGAACAAGUAUGGGGGGUUAAGCUUGUCAUCAAGAAAAAGCUAUCGGGUUCUGAUCUUGAAAAUUGCAGGUACAUUCAUCCAAUUGAUAACAGGGAAUGCCCAGUUGUCAUUGGAGGAGACUACAUAACAACAGAAAGAGGAACUGGACUGGUGCAUACAGCUCCUGGUCAUGGUCAGGAGGACUAUCUAACUGGCCUAAAGUAUGGAUUGCCCUUACGGUCUCCUGUAGAUGAUGAUGGAAAAUUUACAGAAGAAGCUGGGCAGUUUAGUGGGCUUGAUGUACUUGGGGAUGGAAAUAAUGCUGUCAUGAAAUACUUGGAUGAAAAAGCGGUUCUUAUUAAGGAGGAACCCUAUGCGCACAAGUAUCCGUAUGAUUGGCGAACAAAGAAGCCUACGAUUUUUAGGGCAACUGAACAAUGGUUUGCAUCAGUUGAAGGCCUCCGCCAGGCCGCUGUGGAUGCAAUUGGCCAUGUAAAAUGGAUUCCUCCUCAGGCAGAAAACAGAAUUUCUGCUAUGACCACAGGUCGCUCUGACUGGUGCAUAUCAAGGCAAAGAACAUGGGGAGUCCCAAUUCCUGUCUUUUAUCAUGUCCAAUCAAAGGAACCUCUUGUGAAUAAAGAGACUGUAGAUCAUGUCAAGUCUAUUAUAGCCCAGAAAGGUAGCGAUGCAUGGUGGUACAUGACAGAGGAGGAACUACUGCCUGAGAAGUAUCGUGAUACGGCCUCAGAGUAUGAAAAGGGGACUGAUACAAUGGAUGUCUGGUUUGACUCAGGCUCAUCUUGGGCUGCUGUCCUGGGAAAAAGAGACAGGCUUACUUUUCCUGCAGAUAUAUAUCUUGAGGGUUCAGAUCAGCAUCGUGGCUGGUUCCAGAGUUCCUUGUUAACUAGUAUUGCUGUAAAAGGACAGGCACCAUAUUCCAGUGUUAUUACACAUGGAUUUGUAUUGGAUGAGAGAGGUUAUAAGAUGAGCAAAUCUUUGGGAAAUGUUGUAGAUCCUCGUUCUGUAAUUGAGGGAGGGGAAGAUCCAAAAGAAGCACCAGGCUAUGGAGCUGAUGUCCUGCGGCUCUGGGUAUCCAGUGUAGACUAUACAACUGAUGUGCUCAUUGGCCCCCAAAUACUCCGUCAAAUGGCUGACAUGUACCGUAAGCUAAGAGGGACAUUGAGAUACCUCUUGGGGAAUCUUCAUGACUGGAAAGCUGAAAAUGCUGUCUCAUAUCACAAUCUUCCCAUGAUUGACCAGCAUGCACUAUUUCAACUUGAAAAUGUUGUAAAGGAUAUCAGAGAGAGUUAUGAAAACUAUCACUUUUUCAAAAUAUACCAGAUCAUUCAGCGCUUUGUCAUUGUUGAUCUAUCCAAUUUCUAUUUUGAUAUUGCCAAGGAUCGUCUAUACGUGGGGGGCACGGCUAAUUUUACAAGGAGAAGUUGUCAAACGGUCCUUGCUGCGCAUCUUCUUUCCAUUGUGAGGGUAAUUGCUCCAAUACUGCCUCAUUUGGCAGAGGAUGUGUGGCAGAAUCUUCCUUUUCAGUAUACUAUGGAAGAUGGUUCCAUUGCUGAAUUUGUUUUCGAGUCAAAAUGGCCAGCCUUGAAUGAGAAAUGGCUUUCAUUUCCUACUGAAGAAAUUGAUCUCUGGGGAAAAAUUCGGGAGCUUAGAAAUGAGGUAAAUAAGGUUUUGGAGGCUGCUCGCACCAUAAAGUUGAUUGGUUCCAGUCUAGAUGCUAAGGUUUAUUUAUAUACACCUGAUGCCGAACUGUCUUCUAAAUUACUUGAAAGGAAUGCAGCAAAGAACGAAGAAGACAAAUUGCACCGCAUAUUCAUAACAUCUCAGGCAGAGGUACUCCAGUCUUUGGAGGAUGAAUUUGUCAAAAACAUUCCAUAUAAGGGAGAGUAUCUUGUUGAGGGGAAAUACAAAUUCUGGAUUGGUGUCUCCCGAGCCGACGGCUCAAAAUGUGAGAGAUGUUGGAACUACUCACCCAAAGUUGGUUCCUUUGCAGAGCACCCCACACUUUGCAGCCGCUGUUAUGAUGUGGUCGCUGUUGAAUCUGUACCCGCAGCAGCAGCUGUCAGCUGAAACCUGAAACAGGAGGGAACUAUAACUUCAAAAUUCAAGUUACUAUGAGAGACCUUUGACCGGAUUCGACCAAUACCCUUUUGUCUUUUGUUACCAUCAACGAAUUGGAUGGAAUUGUUUAAUUUGAUUUCGCGGUUUAGUUGUUCUAUGAACAACCCCACAUUACAUAAUGCAUCAAGAUCAUGUGUGGUUGAACGGAGUUCUUUUUACUCCUUUAACUCAAAAUUCUUUGAUGCUUUCAUUAUUAUUUUUAUUAAAAUAAAUAAAUAAGAGUCACUUAU